AUGGUGUUAGCAAAAUUACUACGGUCCACGGCGCGAUUUGCUGGAGUGACAAAUUGCUGCAGUAGAGCUGUUUACAGUACUCAAAUAAAAGGAAGACUCUAUACAAAGAAGCAUGAGUGGGUGUCUUUGGAGGGCGGUAUAGGCACUAUCGGCAUUUCUAAUUAUGCACAGGAUGCUCUUGGAGAGGUGGUGUUUGUUCAGUUGCCAGAAGUAGGUCGAACAGUUGCUGCUGCCGAAGAAGUAGGUGCUUUGGAGAGUGUCAAAGCUGCUAGUGAGGUGUAUUCUCCUGUAUCAGGGACUGUAACUGAGAAGAAUGACGCCGUGGAGAGCAGUCCGUCCCUCAUCAACAAAUCUUGUUAUGAAGACGGCUGGCUGUUCAAGGUCAAGCUGAGCAAGACAGAAGAACUGCAAUCUCUCAUGGACCAGGAGACAUAUGACAAGUACCUCGAAGAAUCACACUGA